AUGACCCUGUGGAACGGUGUGUUGCCUUUUUACCCCCAGCCCCGGCAUGCUGCUGGCUUCAGCGUCCAACUGCUCAUAGUCAUUCUGGUAUUCCUGGCCUUGGCUGCCAGCUUCCUCCUCAUUUUGCCUGGGAUCCGUGGUCACUCGCGCUGGUUCUGGUUGGUGAGAGUUCUUCUCAGCCUGUUCAUAGGAGCAGAAAUUGUGGCUGUGCACUUCAGUGGAGACUGGUUCGUGGGCAGCGUGUGGACCAACACAUCGUACAAGGCGUUCAGUGUGGAGCGUGUGCAAGCCCACGUCGGUCUGCACGUGGGACUGGUGGGCAUUAACAUCACCCUCAGAGGAACCCCAGUGCAGCAGCUGAACGAGACCAUCGACUACAACGAGAGGUUCACCUGGCGUCUGGACGAAGACUACACCAAGGAGUACGUGAAUGCCCUGAAAAAGGGGCUGCCGGACCCCGUGCUCUACCUGGCAGAGAAAUUCACCCCGACCAGCCCCUGCGGGCUGUACCCCCAAUACCACCUGGCGGGACACUACGCGGCGGCCACGCUGUGGGUGGCCUUCUGCUUCUGGAUCGUCGCCAACGCGCUGCUGUCCACGCCGGCCGCGCUGUACGGCGGCCUGGCGCUGCUGGCCACCGGCGCCUUCGCGCUCUUCGCCGUCUUCGCCUUCGCCUCGGUCUCCUCCGUGCCGCUCUGCACCUUCCGCCCGGGCUCCGCGGCGCUCACGCCUCGCUACGGCGCCUCCUUCUGGGUCACGCUGGCCACGGGCCUCCUGAGCCUCCUCCUGGGAGGGGCGGUGGUGCUGCUGCACUACACCCGGCCCCGUGUUCUUCGCAUCCUUCUGGAUCAAAGUGUCCAGGGCUACAGUAACCCGCCUUUCACCCUCAGCACCCCGCAAUUGGGGAUCACCACUGCCUUGUAA